UAAACAUGCUAGCUUUAUUACUUAAGCGGAAAGUGGAAAUCAAUUCAUUCAGUCGGCCACUGCAUAUUCAAUCUUUGAUGAGAUAAUAUCUGUUAGGAAAUGGUGAACAUGGGCGACUCGACCGGAGAGAAAGACGAGGUCGAGCAUUCGACAACUUAUCGUGUAGCGAAACAGAUACUAGGCUUCAUCAUAGACAACUGGCUAGUCAUCGGCUUUGGCGUCGCUGCUGUCUUGGGCUACUUCUUUCCUCAUGUAGCGGCGCGUGGAGGCGUCAUAAGAUCCGAGUAUUCGAUCCUAUACGGGGCCAUUGCGCUCAUCUUCCUGAUUAAUGGAGCCCAACUGAGCCCAGAAAAGCUCAAGGAGCAUGCGAUGAAUUGGCGGUUGCACGUUGUGGUGCAAGUAACGAACCUCCUUCUCAUACCUGUCAUACAACUCAUCUUGAUAUAUAUCAUAAUAGCUGCCGGAGGGAUCUCCUCGGGCAACAUCGACCCGAGCAUCAUAGUUGGGAUGGUCAUCGUCGCUUGCAUUCCGACGACCGUCGCGUCUAAUGUCGUUAUGACGCGCAAUGCAGGUGGCGAUGAAGCUGCGGCUAUCAUUGAGGUAGUCAUUGGCAAUGUGAUUGGCGCCUUCAUAUCACCUUUCUUGAUCUACGGCUUUCUGCCACAUGACCCGGCGCUCGAAGCUCUACGUCCCGCGACACCGAGCACGCUAGGACCAGUGUACGUUUCUGUCUUGAAGCAGCUUGGACUGAGUGUCCUGGUGCCGCUGGCGGUCGGCCAAGGUGUGCGAUGGACAUUGCCGAGACAGACUACUUGGGUCUUGAGGACAUUUUACCUUGCAAAACUCGGCUCUUUUCUGAUGGUCUUGGUGGCAUGGUCGACAUUUUCGAGCGCUUUUGAAACUGGCGCACUCGAGUUGCUGCCCAAAUCGUCCGUGAUCUUCAAUGUGUUCUUGAACAUAGCAGAGUAUCUCGUUUUCACCGUUGUUUGCUUUUAUAUAGCCUACCCUCCUUUACCCGUCGUCGAGUUAUUGAAUGUACAUAUCGCCGAUUCCAAGCUCGGCACCCGCCUGCCGGAUGUGUUGCGACGGGCCAUCACGGUGAAGAGGAUGCCGAGAGAUCUAGUGGUAGCCGUCUGUUUCUGUGGCGCUGCAAAGACGACGAGCGUAGGCAUCCCGCUAGCUGCAGCGAUGUGGUCAAAGCAAGACAACUUUACAAUCGCAUCGAUUCAGGUCCCGGUUCUACUUUACACCGUAGAGCAGGUGUUUAUCGCGCAAUUUCUGACGAUUUUCUUCAAGUGGUGGUUACAGCGAGGCAAGAAGCAGGUCACGGAUGUGGAGUCAUCAGAGACAGAUGACGUUGGAGACCGCGAGCAAGCUGUAAGAACUUCUCACAGCUCUAGCAAUGAGAAAUAAUGAGUUUAUGAAAACAAUAGGCUACCUAGAUAAUCAGUAAUAUAUUGAUACUUAUCUUGACAUUACGAGCUGAGAUGAGACUUCAACGGCCGACCAACCAAGCGCCUUCACGGUUUGAGCCACUUUGCUUGGUCCCUUUCUGUCUAUCUUUCUUUCUUUCUUUUUUUCAUCUCUCCCUCUCUCCUUUUUCUAUAUAGACCAUCUUCCUCG